GAGCCGCGCCCGCGCCCACCCCGCCUCCCCGAGCUCUAGCAGUCACCCGCUCUCCCCAUCCCGGAAUUGCCCGUGCCCUCCUACGCCCGGGGGUGGGAGGGGGGCGAUGGAAUAGUUGGGGAUGGGGCGGGCGAAGUCCCGGGUCCCCAGCUGGAUCUGGGGUCCAUCAGGGGGCUGGGUUUGGAGAGGCUUUCCGAGGCGCGGAGUCGAGCCGCCGCAGGGUGGGGCCGCGCUGGGUGGGGGGUGGCAACCUUAGGAGGCUCCAGAAUGCCAAAGGGCGGAGUUUGACUUUUGGUGCUGGGAACCCUAGGGAAGCCGUCCGCGUGGGUGGGUGGGGUUUGGGUAAAUGGUAAGAGGGCGGCGGCGUAGAGGCCCUUUUUCUUCCCCCUUGGAGAAACUUUAGCAGCGGAGCAGGAGCUGAGCUUUGGGGUAGAUAAGCAGCUUUGGGUGAAAUUGGUGAAGGAACAAAUUUUGAGAUGAAACAGGCGGGAGAAUAGGUAAGAUUUAAGGUGAAGUUUGGUGGGAGUUGAAUUUAGGGAAGAGGUUGCUCGGAAGGUCAAGGCACCUUAUCUCCGGAUAGUGUUUGGGUGAAUUUGGGAGCUGGUUAAAGACCUAGAACUCGGUUACAAAAGUUAGGACUUGGAAUUCGAUGAUGGGAAGGGACACGUGAAGCAAGUUUGAGGCAACUGGGAGUCCAAACAGUCUAUGCCCUGGGCUGGGGCUGGGGUAAGGGGACAAAGUGAGGACGGUGGGAAAGUGGGGUGGGUGGGGUCAGGAGCCUGUUGACGUUCAGAGAGCUGUUGGCCCCUCUGAGCCAGCCCCUCAACCCCUUAUGGGUUCUUUGUGCCUCUCCAGCUCAGUAGCGCUGCGGGCAAGGCGGGUGCCAUGGCCCUGAUUGAAGGGGUGGGUGAUGAGGUGACUGUCCUUUUCGCGGUGCUUGCCUGCCUUCUGGUGCUGGCUCUCGCCUGGGUCUCAACACACACCUCGGAGAGCGCUGACCCACUGCCCCAGCCAUCAGGGACCGCAACACCAGCGCAGCCCAGCGAAGCCAUGGUGGUCACCGACACAGUCAGAGGGGAGGCCCCAGGAGCCGAGACCCCCAGCCUGAGACACAGAGGGCAGGCUGCACACCCAGAGCCUGGCACAGGGCUCCCAGCCACGACGCCACCGCCGGACUCCCCCCAGGAGCCUCUAGUGCUUCGGCUGAAAUUCCUCAACGAUUCAGAGCAGGUGGCCAGGGCCUGGCCCCACGACACCAUUGGCUCCCUGAAAAGGACCCAGUUUCCUGGCCGGGAGCAGCAGGUACGACUCAUCUACCAAGGACAGCUGCUGGGAGACGACACCCAGACCCUGGGCAGCCUUCACCUCCCUCCCAACUGCGUUCUCCACUGCCACGUGUCCACACGGGUCGGUCCCCCACACCCCCCCUGCCCACCGGGGUCAGAGCCAGGCCCCUCCGGGCUGGAAAUAGGCAGCCUGCUGCUCCCCCUGCUGCUCCUGCUGCUGCUGCUGCUCUGGUACUGCCAGAUCCAGUACCGGCCCUUCUUUCCCCUGACAGCCACUCUGGGGCUGGCCGGCUUCACCCUGAUCCUCAGCUUCCUGGCUUUUGCCAUGUACCGCCCGUAGUGCCUCCACGGGCUCUCGGCAGUGUGGCUGGCCCCUCAGGACCUUGGUCCCCACCGCGCCGUGGGAGCUGCUGUCUGCCCAGGCCCACCUCUCUGGCCUGUCUCUUCCCGCUACCCUGGAGCCCAGGCCUGCGCCGCAGAGCACUCCAGGGGCAGGUGGAGGCCCCUCUCUGUGACCUCCAUGGCUCCGAGCCACCGUCGGGGGCUGCGGGCUCUCAGCCACCACUGACCGUGGGCUCCUCCGGGUCAGCCAGCUGCUGUCGCUGCCUUGGCCCUGGGCAGAGCGGGGCCACACCCCUGGGCCCGGCCUAGAGUUCUGCCUGAAGACCCAGCCACCUCUCUUCCCUGAUUGCUCCUAGUGCUGAUUUGGGGACCCAAGGACCCUGGGGGGUGGGAGGGGCCGAGGGAGUUCUCUGGAACUUGUGCAGAUUAAAUAACUGUGAAGUUUUCA